AUGGCUGAUAAGAUAUUGACUAUAUAUUCUGCAAAUCCAAACAGAACGUGAGCUUUGUUUAACAAUUCAGAUUGUGCCGCAUCUGAGAAUACUCAGGAUUCAGAAUUAUUUUAAUUUAUUAAAGGCUCACGUUGGUGGAAAAGCGGUCCUGGCAGCACUAAAAAUGGGCUCCACUUCACAAGAGCAGGAGGAAAAACCAGCAGCGGAAUUGGCCAGGAUGAUGAUCAACGUUUUAGUGAUCAGUGUGGCCUUCACCUUCCUCUUCACGGCUUACCAAAGCACCGCAAACCUCCAGAGCUCAAUAAACACAGAUGCAGGUCUCGGAACCGCUUCCCUGAGCACAAUUUACGUGGCGCUGAUUUUGUCCUGCAUAUUUGUGCCCACCUGGAUGAUCAGCAAAUUGGGCGUCAAAUGGACCAUGCCGGUCUGCAUGCUGGGCUACGGGGUGUACAUAGGGGCGCAGUUCUACCCCGAGUUUUACACCCUCAUUCCUGCAGCAAUAGUGGUCGGUCUCGUCGCGGCGCCAAUGUGGAGCGCCAAGUGCACCUAUUUGACGCAGGUGGGCACCGUUCGCGCCAAGGCGCUGGGCACCUCUGCCGAAGUGCAGGUCACGAGGCUCUUCGGAAUUUUCUUUUUGCUUUUCCAGUGCUCUCAGGUUAUCGGAAAUUUGAUUUCUUCAACAGUUUUAUCAUCUGGAUAUGUGCCACCAAUAGACCCUGAAGAUCCAAAUCUGCCCCUCUGUGGAGCAAGGUUUUGUCCGUGGGAAGACCACGGUGGCAGUUCCGGAGGGAACAGACCUUCGGACGAAAAAAUUUACACUCUGUUUGGAAUUUAUCUCGGCUGCGCUCUCAUCGCAGCGGCAAUAAUUGCGGCCUUUGUUGACCCACUCACAAGGUUUGGGGAGCGGACAGGAAGUGGGACCGGAAUAUCUGGAUUUCGGCUUUUGCUCGCCACUGGGAAGCACUUAAAGGACAAGAGACAAUUAUUGCUAAUUCCUCUGACCGUCUUCAGUGGCCUUGAGCAGGGGUACAUUGGUGCAGAUUUCACCCAAAGUUUUGUAACCUGUGCCUACGGAGUUCAGAACGUGGGUUACGUAAUGAUUUGCUUUGGGGUUUGUGACGCCGUUUUUUCUCUAGUUUUUGGCGAGCUGAUAAAAAUCGUGGGUCGCAUCCCCAUUUUCACCCUUGGUGCAGCUAUUAACAUAGCCAUGAUCUGCACCAUGUUUUUCUGGAAGCCAAUGCCAGACGAACCCGCCGUAUUUUUUGUCAUUGCCGGUUUCUGGGGUGUUUCAGACGCUGUGUGGCAGACUCAAAUGAAUGCUCUGUACGGAAACUUGUUCCAAAAUAAUGAAGAAGCUGCCUUCAGCAACUACCGGCUGUGGGAGUCGCUGGGAUUUGCUGUUGCUUAUGCUUACAGCACUUUCCUAUGCACAGACGCCAAAAUGUGGGUUUUGGUCGGGGUUUUGAUUCUCGGGAUGGCCGGAUACUACGGAGUGGAAUUUAUCGAGAAAAGAAGCAAACAAGAGCAACAAAGACUCAAGUCAAGUAACUUACAACAGUGAUUCUUUUAAUUAUAAUGAAAUUUACACGAAACUCGGCAUCUACACGAAAGCAUCUCCACACGCUCAGCCAGUGACAUCUUGAUUAGGCUUGAGGUUCUGUAAUUAAGAUAAAAAGCAUUUUAAUUUAAUAUAAUUAUAUGUUAAGUUGUAAUUUUAAGUAAAAUUUUUGUGAAUAAAAUCAGCAAAAUUCCUUAAAUUAGUGUUAUGAUUAUGCUAACAUAUGUAUGCAAUAAAAAUCUAUUUGAUAACCACA